AUGUUUUGGAGAUUUGGCUUCUCGUCGGUCUCGACGCUAGACACGCUCCUCGACAAACCGAACGUCACCCUCGAGGAUGUUCUGGACGAGGAUGACUUGUUGCAAGAAUGCAAGUCGCAAAAUCAAAAGCUCAACAACUUUCUUCGACAGCCACGCAUCGUCAAGAGGCUGAUGGAGCAUGUCGUCGGCACCGCGACCGUGGGUGGCGCAGGAGGCAAGGAUUGGGAGGAGAAAGUCAAGUUCAAGUAUCCAUAUGUCGCCUCGGAGGUGCUUAGCUGCAGCGAGGUGUGGCCCAUCAUCGACGCCAUCUUUUCGGAUCCCCACGAGUACCUCGUGCCAUUCUGGAAUGCCGUUCUCACUUCAAAUCCAUCGCCAUCGCAGGCACCUCUGCCCAUGCACUCACAUCCUCUCUUUGCCGAAAACGCCGCCACAUCCUCUUCCUCCGCCAACGCCUCUCCUUCGACCUCUCCCGCUGGUCAUCUCAGCGUCACCAACUUUACCGACUUUUCCAAUUCGGCGUCAGGCAGCGCCAGCAGCUCUCGGUCUCCUUCCGAGUCUGAGUCGGAAGCUGACGGCAGGUUGCGAGCCACCAGCGCCCUCGACAAUGGGCCAGGACGCGGCGUGCUCGCCGGCUACUGGGCCAAGGUAAACGGCGCCUAUCUCGAACGCAAGCCCAUCGAGAUGCUCGAGUUCAUCAAGGAGCAGCCUCGGAUCGUGGAGCGCUUCGUUGCGCAUCUCGAGACACCCGCCGUCGUCGACCUGCUCUUCCGCAUCAUCCAGAUGGAGGAGACCGUGCGGACACCUGGCCAGACCACCGACAUCAUUGACUGGCUCUCGUCGCAAGACUUGAUAUCGCGCACCGUCGACCUUCUCGCACCCAACUACUCGGUGGAUAUCCACAACACGGUCUCGGAGCUGCUCAAGGCCAUCAUCGCUCUGUCCGCACCCUCGCCUGCCGCUCUCAACCAGGGCCAAGGCCAGGAGCUGGGCGGCGGUCUCAACGAGUCGCAGGAGAACACGGCUGGCAUCAACAACCGCCUCGUGCGCGAACUAGCGAGCGAGCCUAUCGUCCGCAAGAUGGUCGGCUACAUGCUUGAUUCGCAGCUGCCACGGCAGUUGCAUCGUCGUCUCACAGAUGUCGCCGACGAACAGCUAUCGCAACUCUCGGCGAGCGGGUUGCGCAAGCCAUCGCAAAAAGGUGAUUCGUCGCUGUCGACGCUGACGGAGGGUGCGAUCUCCUCGUCCGCAGUGGAGGAUGAUGAAGACGACGAGUCGUUCGCACGACCCUUGAAUCCGCGCGAGUUCCCCGCGUCCGAGUCGAGAUCACCCGGGCAAAUGGAUCACCGUGGCUCAACGGCAACACUCCGUCCCGACAACCUAUUCCCGGCCGUCGCGGCGCCUACUGUAGCCAUCACAGCUGAGACCUGCAGUUCGACGCUAGUGACGUGCAUCGGCGUCUUCAUCGAGCUCAUCCGCAAGAACAACAGCGACUACUUUGAGCAGCAUCUUCUCCGCACCCUGCACAAUCACCUGGUCAAGAGGCAAAGCGAGUUGACAGAGACACGAUUGCAGAAGAAAGAAGAAGAAGAGGCUGCUGGCUCAAAGACCGAGGGUGGACCUGGUGCCUCGACGGGCGCGGACAAGCAGACGGACGAAGAGUCGGUCAACAAAGCGAUUGAGGCGCUUGAUGAAGAGGAAGAGGAUGUGCAAGGCAUGGAGGAGGCCAUGUCCGAGAUCGUCGACAAGAUGGGCCUCGUGCAUCUCGGACCGAUGCUGCGAGUGCUGUCGGAGCGUCUGUCCGACUUUCAGCAGCUGGUCAAGGAGCCGAGGGAGCGUGAUGUCACGAUCCCGACCUCGGUCGGUGAUGUGGCCCCGCUCACGUUCGAGAGGUAUCGCAUCACCGAGCUGUACGCCGAGCUGCUGCAUUGUUCCAACAUGGCGCUACUCAACCGCGCGCCUGGCGAGGGACCGCAGUACUCGGACGACGGCGUCUUGAUGGGUGGUCUCGAGGGUCUUCAGACGCUGGCACGCACGUUGCAAGGUGCGGAUGGGCCCGAAGUCGGAGACACUUCGACCAGCGCAGAGGCGGAAACUCCACAAGAGAAAGCCACAGAAGACGAGCAGUCAAAGAGUGAAGAGGCGACUGCUGGGAACGCUGCUGAAGCCAGCAGCUCUUUAGCACCUCGUGUUUCUGGACACGGCCGCGACAAGUCUAGCGCCGGUGCCUCCACCGACUCCACAGACGAAGCGGACGACGAGGCUCUUCUCAAAGAGGUCUCCCUUGCCGACAAGACCAACACGGAGGGCAGCAGCAGCGACAGCACCACUGACGCACAGGCCGAGUCCUCGAGCAAGAGCUCGACCAACGAAAGUCAAAGCGUAACGACGAGCGACUCUGUCGAAGAAGACAAGGGCGAUGCUGCCUCCAUCCGCUCUGCGCUCUCUGGGCUGUCCCUCGCCGAGCUGACGGCACCUAGACUUUCCGGUCCGCCCAGUCCCAUCGACGAGGCCAAGGACUACGUCGUCGGCGACAUGCUCAAGCGCAAGUUCCUCGAAUGCGGCAUCCUCCCCUCGCUGCUCGAUCUGUUCUUCGACUACCCCUGGAACAAUUUCCUUCACAACGUCGUCUACGACAUUCUGCAACAAUGCUUCAACGGUCGAAUGGACGUCGGUCUCAACCGCAAGCUCACCGUCGCCGUAUUCGACGAGGGCCACCUCACCUCACGCAUCGUCGAGGGUCGCAAGCGCAACGAGACGUCCGUCGCUGGUCCUCGCCGAAUCCGUCUUGGAUUCAUGGGUCACAUGAACCUCAUCGCGGAAGAGACGGUGAAGCUGCUCGAGCGGUACCCGCUCGAGAUCGCGCGACCCGUCGAAUCCUUCACCGAACGCGAGGAGUGGCGUCAGGUGGUGUCCGAGACGCUCGAGGAGAUUCGCGAGAAGGAAGGUGGGCCGUUAGCGUUCAACCGUGGACACGAGGGGAUGUCCAUGUCGUUCGGUUCCGGUGCGGACGAUGAUGAUGAUGAUGCAGGGAUUGGCGGUGCGGGCAGCAGCAGCUUUGCCAGCUAUCUUUCGAGCCAGAUUGGCGGUGCAGCGGGGUCGGACGACGACGAUAGCGACGAUGAAGCGUCGUGGUUGUCGAGCGAGAUGAAGCGCGGUGGGGACAAGGAGGGGAGUGGAUUUGAUGAUGCGUUUGCGCCGCGCCACUCGGGGAGUGGGAGUGGCGAGUUGGGCGAUGACGAUGAGGACGAUGAUUGGGGACCGUUUGCCGAUCCUAGCGAUGGUGGUGCAGGAGGGGCGACGCAGAGCUUCGACUUUACGUCCGGUGGUGGGAGCAGCAACGCAAACCCGUUUGCGGAGAACCUCACUCCUGCCGACUGGUCAGCACAAUUCCGGAAGGAGUACCACGAGGAGGAGCGGACGGGUGGCGAGCAGGAUAGCGGGUCCGAUGACGACGAGGAUGAGGACGAGGACGAGACGGGGACCGAGAAAGACGAGUCGGCGCUCAGCACCAGCCCUCUUCCCGGGACAUCUACGUUCGCACCCGCCACAGACGUCGUCAGCAAGGCCCACGCGCGUCGGCCCUCGCUGGGCCAGCUCGAAGCUCCGGAGACCACUGCGGACCGUCGUCGAGGCUCACUCGGCUCCGCAGGCCCAGAGAUCUCAGACGUCACGGAUACAGAGGAUCCUCUCGGCCCAGGUAUUCCGACCGAGGUGAGCAGGAGCGAAGAGGGUAAGCUGCAAAGGACGCUGGCCGAUGGGACCAAGGUCGUCGUGCCGCUCGACGAGGUCGCGCUGGGUGCGGGAGAACUCAGCGAAAAGGAUGCGUAG